GAGUGCCGAGGGAUCGAAGUGAAUAGUUCGUUGCCAUAUGAGUGCUUGCUUGCAAGCAUGCUAGCUGACUUGCUGCUUUGCUUGCUGACUGGCUAGCCAGCUGGGACGAUGUUGGCGCUGGCUUGAGCUUUUGUUGCAGUGGUGUGGGACGUCUGAAACAUACUGCCCGUUUACCCCAGUCCUGAGACCUCUAGUAGAAGUAGUUGUAGUAGUAGCGCUCUACCUAGCAUUUAAGUCUAUGUUCGAUCAGUUUCUCAAGGAUCCGAGCCAUUGGAAGGAGUUUCAAUCAGGAGCUCUCCACACUACUCGUUCAGUUCAUGCAUGCACGUAUGGGCUCCAAACCAUCAGUUCCUGCCUUCUGUCCUUCCUUCCUUCCUCGCUUCCUUGCUUCCUUGCUUCCCUUGCUUCGUUCGUUCGUUCGUUCGUUCCGUGUGCCAUCUUCAUACGCAUGAACCAUCAUCGCAUCUCAGAUGGGUGCUUACUUAGUUGGUAGUUGGUUGCUUCAACAGUGAGUGAGUGUCCGAAUGUGAAUGAGUGUGAGUCAGUGAGUCAAGCAGGAAAUCGAGGUGGACACUACCCAGUUUGGGUCUCAAACACCUAUAAUCAAGUCCCGGGGACGUCUCUCCCCGCCCCCUUUUGCAUCUCUCCCCCAUUACUCUUCAUCAUCAACAUUUCUCCAGGCUAGCCGGACGAAAUUGAGACUUAGGUGCUUCCAUAAUUGCAUGGUUUCGUCCGAAGAAGUCAUCUUUUGGGGCCAGGAUUGCCACUUGAACACCACCACCAAGAAUAAUCACAAUAAUAAUAACAACAACAGCAACAGCAUCAACAACAACAACGACGACGAUCACAUCAAUACCCCACCUAGUUCCAGUGAGUGAGAGUGGUAGACCCUGCCCAGCAUCCCUAUGUUCCACAAAUGGUGACACCAACACACAUAUUCCAAUCAAUUUAGUAGUGUGAUCCCAGUUUGAGGCACCUCCACUAAAAGGCUCUCGAUCGUGCGGCGGGGCGUGGCCGACAUCUCCCAUCAGGCCACACCCAUGAUAUAUCAAGGCACGGCCGCCGCCGCUGCAGCUGCUGCCACCUCACUCUAUAAUAGUAAUACCAUGAUGUUGACGGACUUGCAUCCACCUCACUUGGGUAUGAGCCAUCAUCAUCACGUUCAUUCACAUCAAACAACGGCCCACCACCCCAUGGCCGGGCCCCAUUUUGCGGCUCACCCGCCCAUGUCAUCGCCAAUGCAUCAAAACGGUGUGAGCCGAUCCCAGGAAGGAAUGACUCCCUCGCCACAGGUACCAGAUGAUUCCCCAUCUGGCCCUUGUUCGGCAGCUGACACAACCUCGGCCUUGCUUCACUCGUCUGCCUGGGCUGCCGCAGCGGCCCGAAAAUCCUGGUCCAUGCAUGAGUCUUUAGCUCAGAUGCCGGACUUGUUAGCGGAUCACCCGGGUCUGCGCGGAACCCCUUUGGCAAUGCUGGCUGCCCAGUGCAACAAACUCACCACGAAAUCUCCGCCCCCGCUUGCUGACGCGGCCGUGGGGAAAGGAUUCCAUCCUUGGAAAAAAUCUCCUCAGUCAUCAACAAGUCCUGGAGGUGGAGUGACCUCUAAUAAUCAACAGGCCCAGCAUCAACAUCAACAGCAGCAGCAGCACCAACAACAACAACAGCAGCAGCAGCAACAGCAACAACAACAUCAGCGAAGUACAUCCUCAGCUUCUUCUGGAUCAAGUCAAGCUGGGUACAAUAGCAACAACCAAGCUGACCAACAGCAACAACCCACAUCCCCCGGCACAGCGGCCUCAGCCUCCAGUGGUUAUGGUGGCGUGAAUUCGUCCCUGUAUUUUCCCUCUACCUCGUCAACGCCCACAUCUUCUUCGGGGGUCACGUCCACUGCUGCGGCUCUCGGCGCUUCAUCCCCAAACAUUGACUCGUCAUCUUCGAUACUUGCUGCAGGCAAGGUCGAUCCCAGUACAAGUUCGGCCGCACAUUUGCAGAGCAUGCAAAUGUACUCCAGGGUAGCAGGGGUCAACCCCUACGAGUCUUGGCCUUUCAGUAUGGCUGGUUCUGCAGCCCAUGGCUCAAUCAAACCUGAGGUGACUUCAGCCAUGCAAGGCGGGUGGUGGGAUAUGCAUUCUGCCGCUACGGCUGGUAGUUGGUUAGAUGCAGCUGGAGGUCUUCAAACAGCAGCAACAAUGCAUGCAGCUCAGCAGAUGGCCAACUACACGGACUACUCUGCGGCUGCCUCCUUGGGCUUAUCCAAUCCCCUGUUGGCUGCAGGUGCAGCGGCAGGUAGUCAGCAUCUCUUGCAAGAUACCUACAAAUCCAUGCUCCCCGGACAAGCGGCCAGUUCCCCGUUUGGCCUGAGUCAGCCCACUAUUCCACCAGUCACAUCAGCCUCGUCCUCGAGCCGCUCUCAAAGGCGCUAUACCGGUCGAGCCACUUGUGACUGUCCCAAUUGCCAGGAGGCGGAGCGUCUGGGUCCAGCUGGCCAGCACCUUCGCAAGCGCAACAUCCAUAGCUGUCAUAUACCCGGAUGUGGUAAGGUGUAUGGUAAGACCUCCCAUCUCAAAGCCCAUUUGCGAUGGCACACGGGAGAACGACCGUUCGUCUGCAAUUGGCUGUUCUGUGGCAAGAGGUUCACAAGGUCAGAUGAGCUCCAGCGGCAUUUGAGGACACAUACUGGUGAGAAGCGUUUUGCCUGCCCCAUCUGUAACAAGCGGUUUAUGAGGUCAGAUCACCUCUCCAAGCACGUGAAGACCCACAGUGAGAACGGAGGCAAGAAGAGUGAUUGCGAUAGUGAUUCUGAAAACAGCCAGUCUCAUGGACAGUCAGCCUCGAGCCCUGGUAGUGUGAACACGCCGCCCCUUGGGCAUGGGUCUGGAAUGCAAGGCAACCACCACGAUCCACAUUCAAUGCAUGUGGGUUCCCCUCCCGACAUGAAACCCAUCGUUUGAACGCACCGAUAGUGCUCGGAAUGUUUUUUCUCCUAAAGACACUCAAAACUGUUCAACUCAACUUAAUAUUAUUAAUAUCAUUAUCAUCCAUCAUCGCCAACAUCAAUACCAUCAACAUCCCCAUUAUCAUCAACAACAUCAUAAUUCCAAAAAUCAACCAGUCUGUGCACAUCAAAGCCAUAUUUUGCAUUGGUAGUUGACGUUUCCUUUUUUCCGUGUGACAAGAUCAAUGGCGAAGUAUGGAUCACGACAGUUUUAUAGUUACCAAUAUUAUUAGACACACUACCCUGGUCAGAAACCAAGACAAUUUAUCAUUUUAGUGAAUCUCUGCUUUGACGAGCAGUUUUGCAAUACUAUGUAUUGUAAAGGGCACACACGUACGGCAGCAAACACUUACAACCACUCAAACCAAACGAGACAUUAUUCGCCCAAUGAGACUUCAUCUAACUCCAUCGACAAACCCAUGAAGAAUUUGUUCAAAUGCAUUCUCUUGAUUUCCACACGACAAAACCCGCUCGCUCUCUUUUGACUUCCUACUGUGUCAGCCGGUCUAUUUGCUUCGUUUCCCAACUAAAACACCUCAUUCACAAAGGUCUUUUAUCAGUUCUUCUUUGUUCUAAUUUCAUGUAAAUGUGAUGAAACCCAAUCAUGUAUAAAAACAAACAAAGUGACAUCAGUCUUAUUGAAAUAAUAAAUAAAGAUUCUCAAGA